UUAACGUUGUGUUUAAAAAAGCAAACUGUUUCCAAAUCCGCGCCUUGAGAAUCCACUGUAUCCGUCUUGGAGAGUGGUACUGCACGGCCGAGGCGUAACAUUUUGAAAGGUUGUGUUCAGUAGACAGCCACAGAAAGCAGGAGUCCGUUAAGUAGGUUUAAAGAAACAAACCGCGGUUUCUAAAGUGGAGAAUAAAACAUCUGAAAAGUUUUAUUUUCGAAGGAACCAUUGGAGUACAUUGUGAGCAGCAAGAAGCCAUUCAACUCCGACCUCCGAUGCUAAGGCUCAAUGGCAUAAAGCCUGUCCUCCGAUACAGCUGGACCCUUGGGAGAACUGCCUAGGAGAUCACGACUCUGACGCCCCGCUGCUAAUUUCCACAGCCUGAGGGGAACCAGGAAGCAGCCGGCAGGAGCCAUGCCUGCCCUGGCUACCGGAGCUGGCCACGAGCCAGGUCUGUACGAGCUGCUGGCGGCUCUGCCCUCCCAGCUGCAGCCCCAUGUCAGCCGCCCUGAGGACAACAUCUUCCUCCAGGACAUGUUUGGGGAGAGAAGCCUCCACUCGCUGGUCAAGAUCCAUGAACAGCUGCAGCACUACGAAGAAAGCAAGCCCGUCCCUGUCCUUGACAGCGCUGCAGCUUUGGCCCAUGAAUUGUCUGAGGAGCUGGAAGGGAAAUCAGCCAACGGAGAAAUCAAAGAACUUCUCAAACUCCUGGCCAAACCCCAUGUGAAGAGCCUUCUUUCGGUCCAUGACACUAUCGCCCAGAAGAGUUACGACCCCGAACUACCUCCGCUGCCUGAAGAUAUUGACGACGAUGAGGAUUCUGUGAAAAUCAUAAGACUGGUCAAAAACAAGGAACCUCUCGGAGCAACGAUAAGGCGUGACGAUCACACAGGAGCCAUCCUCGUGGCCCGGAUCAUGAGAGGAGGGGCAGCCGACAGAAGUGGACUGAUUCACGUAGGAGAUGAACUGAAGGAGGUCAAUGGAAUCCCUGUGGAUGACAAGAAACCAGAGGAAAUCAUUCGUAUUCUGGCCCAGUCGCAAGGAGCCAUUACCUUUAAAGUUGUCCCAUGCGUCAAGGAGGAUGCGCCAACCAAGGAGCAAAAAGUAUUUGUGAAGGCGUUCUUUGACUACGACCCUAACGAGGACAAAGCUAUCCCAUGUAAAGAGGCUGGACUGGCCUUCAAGAAGGGCUCUAUCCUUCAGAUCAUGAGCCAAGAUGAUGCAACCUGGUGGCAGGCCAAACACGAGGGGGAAGCCAAUCCCCGUGCCGGCCUUAUCCCGUCCAAACAGUUUCAGGAGAGGAGAUUUGCCCUGCGGCGACCUGUUGCGACGCUCCCGCCCCAGAAGACCUUGAGUCGACGAUCAUCUGGGUUCAGGAGAAGCUUCCGUCUGAGCAGGAAGGACAAGAAGACCAACAAGUCUAUGUACGAGUGUAAGAAGAGUGAAAUGUACGACAUGGCUGAUGUGCCCACUUACGAGGAGGUCACCCCUUACCGCAGGCAGAGUGGGGCUAAACACAGGCUGGUGGUUCUUGUAGGACCCACAGGAGUUGGCCUGAAUGAACUCAAGAGGAAACUGUUGAUCUCAGACCCCCAGCACUUUAGUGUGACCAUCCCACACACCAGUCGGGCCAAGAAGAACCAGGAGAGCGACGGCGUGGAGUACCACUUCAUCUCCAGACAUCUCUUUGAGACGGAUAUCCACAAUAACAAGUUCAUUGAGUAUGGCGAGUACAAAGGGAAUUACUACGGAACGAGUCUAGACUCGAUACGCUCCGUCCUCUCCAAGAACAAAGUGUGCUUAUUGGAUGUCCAGCCUCAUACCCUAAAGCACCUGCGGACAGCAGAGUUUAAACCCUUUAUAGUAUUGGUAAAGCCUCCUACGAUCGAGAGGUUGAGGGAGACCAGACGGAACGGCAAAAUCCUAUCUGGCAAGGACGACAAGGGUUCUGCCAAGCCAUUCACGGAGGAGGACUUUGAGGAGAUGGUGACUACUGCCCAGAUGCUGGAGACUCAACAUGGCCACCUGUUUGAGAAGGUCAUAGUCAACGAUGACCUCUCGGCAGCCUUCAGCGAGCUGCGGUUGGCACUAAAGAAAGUGGAGACGGAGACUCACUGGGUUCCAGUCAGCUGGACUCACUCCUGAGAUCCACACAGAGUGUACAGGGAGAAAAGGGAAGGGCUUUGACAAAAAUAUGCAGGUAUUUUAUCUUUUUUAUGUCUGCUGUGGCUCGUGUUGGGGGUUGGGAGGGGGGGAUAAAACAAGAAUGCGCCAGACUGCUGUGUCGCCAUACCUGAGCUGCACAGAGCUAAAAAUAAGCUUUUGCCUCGGAUCAGGGUUGGAUUUAGAGCUCAGCUGUGGUCUGGAUGUGAAUCUACAGGGCUGAGGGUUUGUCCAGAAUAUGGGCCUUGCACAUUGAUCUGGGUCUCAGUCUGGGCCACACAACUACGAGCCACGAGUUUGAGCUCCUUGGUCCAUAACCAGAAUGUGGAACGAGCCUAGACCAUCACAGCACCAGCAGUCCUGCCAGCACAUCAUCAGUCGCCAGGCCAACCAGGACUCCAUCUUUAGUGUGUUUAUAACAUUAGGCCAUUAGAAACCAAAGGGUUGACAUAUUUCUUCUUGGUGGUCAACUUACAUAUAUAUGUCUUUAAAAGAACACAACCUCUGAGCGGGCAAAAAGGGAGGGAAAAGAAAACCUAUUUGCCUACUGUCUUAACUAUAUUUCUGUGCUUCUAUAAUGCUUCCAUGACUGUUACUCCAAACAAAACAUUGUCAGGUACACUCUCAAAAAAGGGCAGUAAAUGUAAUUUUAUUUAAGAGAAAUUAAUAUAUUUUCUAAUAUCCUCCGGGGUUGUUUUUUUUGCAUACCUUUUAUAUACAUAUCUUGACUUUUAAAGCAACCUGAUCUCAACUGUAGCCAUCUCUCUUUUUUACAUCAGAGGCGUCUCUCUCUUUUUUUUUGUCAAGUGUUUUGAUUUUAUCACCCUAGUCUAGUUUUCCCCCUACAAAGUACAUAGAGAGACAUUUUAUUUAGGUAUUAUAUAAUCCAUUUAGGAGCAUUUUGAAAAGCCACCCUUCAUAUGAAGGUGCCCAGAAUAACAGCGUUGCCAUUUAAAGUCCCAGAACUGGACCCUUUUGGCUGUCUCCUAGAAGAAAAUGUUCACAAUUGUGUUUUAUUAGGGUGGAGUCUAUUUUUAUUCACAUAAAAAUGGCUUCAGCAAGGCAGCUAAUAGAGAGUCCACAGCACACUUCCCUGGUUUUACUCAGUAUUUAUUUUUUUUUAACUCCCAACUGGUUGUCAAAGCAGCUAGUCAUUAAUCCUGGCUGUAUUAUUAUCAUUAACAGUGUUACAGCCCUGGUAGCUCCGUGGUUCUUUGCUUCUAAUGUAGUGAAAACCUGAUGAUUUGACACUUUAAAGGAAUACUUUUCCCUCUUAUUUGCUUUCCUGCCAAUAGUAAGUUGAGAAGAUUGAUCCCACUGUCAUGUCUAUGUAUUAUUUGUGGAUGUAGAGCCAAGAGGCCAUUAGCAGCACUUCUAAAGUUGUGGUUUUAUGAUCUUGUUUCUGUUUGUGAACAAGAUAUUUGUUCAUUUAUAAGCGUUAAAGGUCCCAUGACAUGGUGCUCUUUGGAUGCUUUUAUAUAGACCUUAGUGGUCCCCUAAUACU